GCGGCGGCGGUCAGCACUGCGGCGGUUGCUGCGCCGGGUACUCGCGUCUGUGCCGGAGGCGCAUGCGCGGUGGUCUCAGCCCGCUCCGGGCCUCGGCUCACUGUCUGUUCGUCAUGGCGACGGAGCAGAGGCCUUUCCAGCUGGUGGUGUUCGGCGCCUCGGGCUUCACCGGCCAGUUCGUGGCCGAGGAGGUGGCCCGGGAGCAGGCGACCCCCGAGCGGAGCUCCCGCCUGCCCUGGGCCGUGGCGGGCCGCUCCCGGGAGAAGCUGCAGCGAGUGCUGGAGAGGGCGGCGCUCAAGCUCGGAAGACCAACACUAUCAUCUGAAGUUGGAAUAAUAAUUUGUGACAUCACUAAUCCAGCCUCACUUGAUGAAAUGGCUAAACAGACAACACUUGUCCUCAAUUGCGUAGGACCUUAUCGGUUUUAUGGCGAACCUGUAGUGAAAGCCUGUAUUGAAAAUGGAACCAGUUGCAUUGACAUCUCUGGGGAACCUGAGUUUCUGGAACUAAUGUAUUGGAAGUACCAUGAGAAAGCUGCAGAAAAAGGGGUUUAUAUCAUUGGAAGCAGUGGCUUUGACUCCAUUCCAGCCGAUCUAGGAGUAAUAUAUACCAGGAAUAAAACUAAUGGUACUUUGACUGCUGUGGAAAGUUUCCUGACUAUAAAUUCAGGACCUGAGGGACUGUGUAUUCAUGAUGGCACCUGGAAGUCAGCAAUUUAUGGUUUUGGAGCUAAGAGUAGUUUGAGAAGACUGCGAAGUGCAUCAAAUCUAAAACCUGUCCCCGUCGUCGGUCAAAAGUUGAAAAAAAGGUGGCCAGUUUCCUAUUGUAAAGAACUCUGUGCAUAUUCCCUUCCUUUCUUGGGAUCUGAUAUGUCUGUUGUGAGGCGCACUCAGCGUUACUUGCAUGAAAAUUUAGAGGAAUCACCAGUCCAGUACGCUGCCUGUGUAACUGUGGGGAGCAUCACCUCUGCUAUUAAGCUGAUGUUUGCAGGACUUUUCUUUUUAUUCUUUGUGAGAUUUGGCAUUGGAAGGCAACUUCUCAUAAAAUUCCCAUGGCUCUUCUCCUUUGGUUAUUUUUCAAAGCAAGGCCCAACACAAAAACAGAUAGAUGGCUCCUCGUUCACGGUUACCUUCUUUGGUCAGGGGUACAGCCAAGGCCUUAGUACUGAGAAGAACAAACCAAAUGUCAGAAUUUGUACUCAGGUGAAAGGCCCAGAGGCUGGCUACGUGGCUACCCCCAUAGCCAUGGUUCAGGCCGCCAUGACUCUUCUAAAUGAUGGGCCUGAUCUUCCUAAGGGGGGCGGAGUCUUCACACCUGGAGCCGCUUUCUCCAGAACAAAGUUGAUUGACAGACUCAACCAACGUGGUAUUGAGUUUAGUGUCAUUAGCAGCUCUGAAGUCUGAACAUUUGAAACUAACUGAAGUCAUUAAAUGCAUGAAUUAACAGCGCCUGUAUUUGAUACGAGAAAUUCUUCAAUUGUAAAAUACACAUUAAAAGCAGGAAAUUGUACUAGCUUACUUAAACUUCACAUUUUAUUGCUUGUGAGAGAAAACUAAUGCUUACCUUUUUCAUUGACGUGUUCCUGGUCAAUUCUGGUGCCGAGUGGCAGGUCAGAGGGCGGGGUGGCUGUCUGCAGCUAGCAGCGUUUGCGUUUCUCUGUGAGGUGCGUGGGUGCUGGGCUCUCCCUCCAGGGAGUUUCUCUACAGAGGCGUGAGCUUCUGCUAAAUGAGCUGCAUUUUUCUCUAUUUUAGCCCUGUUUCUCAUCUGUCUACACUGACUGAUUUUGGACUGUUUGCCUAAGUUGAAUAAU